CUCCCCGCGCAGGUUCGAAUCCUGCCGACUACGUCAGAUUCUCUUUUUCACAAUUGGACUUUUACCCCCAUAGCAAAAUCCUGCCAAGCAGGAAGCGGCCUUGAACGCUCUCCAUCCCAUGCUGGCUGAGGUCAGAAGCCGCCGCUGAGGCUGCCAGGAUGGAAAAGCUCCCGUGACGCCCGUUCCGGCUCUCCUCCCAGGCAGCCUUGCAGGAGGAGCUGCCGCUGCUUCGGGAGGAGGCGAGACCAUGCAGCACAGCCCGGCCCCGGCCGCCUUGGUCACCACCAGGCCUGUUCAAAAUGCCCACACGGGUCUAGAUCUGUCAGUUCCAGAGUACCAGGAAAUCCGGGGGAAGAUGAUGUCUGGCCACGUGGAAUAUAAUAUUGUGGUUGUUACUCAACUGGCUGCAUUCAAAUCAGCAAAACACAAACCGGAAGACAUCAUUCAGUUUAUGGUCUCGAAGAAAUAUAGCGAGAUUGAGGAAUUUUAUCAAAAACUGGUUACGCGGUAUCCACAAACAUCUCUGCCUCCACUGCCACGAAAAGUGUUGUUUGUUGGGGAAUCUGACAUUCGAGAGCGGAGAGUUAUGUUCAAUGAGAUCAUGAGAUCCAUUUCCAAGGAACCAGAUCUAGCAACAAGUCCUGAGUUACUGGAAUUCCUAGGAACCAGAUCUGCUAGCCUGGUUGACUUCAAGGGUAAAAACCUUCCUGAUAAGGAAGAGGAAGAAAGUGAAGCUUUUGAUUUCUUCAGGGAGGAAGGAGUGCCUGAUGUAGUUCCCCAGAUCAAGUCACUGAAAGAGCAAGAUGUUAAAAGUGCUAAAGAAGAGGAAGAGGAUGAUGAUGGAGACCCUCUUGGUGUGAUCAAAUCUAAAAAGACCAAGAAGCCCUUGCCUUCUCCUGUCAGAGAAAACAAGUCCAAGUUAACAAUUUUUGAUGAAGAAUUGGAUCCGGAUGAUGAACUCUUCGGCUCCGCUAAAGAUUUUCCAUUCACUGACAGCAAGAGGAUAAUGUCAGCCAAAGAAAAUCUGAAAUUAUUUGAAGAUCUGGACCUUGGCGGAACUGUAAUGCUUGGCGACUCACUACUGUUGCCACCAGCUUGUGAGAGCAGAGAACAUGCCGUAGCCUCUAGCCUUGAAGAGGACACCAGCGAACUGUUGAGAGUGGAAGAGGACUUUGAGAAAAUGUGGAACUUAAGAGCAAAACCAAAACUCAAGCCAAAGCCUCAAGUGCCUCCUAAACCAGCAGUACGGAAGAAGCCAACAACUAAUUCAAAAGUUCCAGUAUCAACAGCCCACAAGGAAAAGCCCGCAGGAGUGAAGGUUCAAAGCAUGGGAGAGGUGGACAUUCUCAAGUACAUUCAGGACAACGAAUCCUUGGGCGGUGAAGAACCAAGCUUGUUCUGAAGCAUCAGCAGUCGACUUGCUGCUUCAGCCAUGACAGGCCCUUUCUCAGGAAGGACUCCCCCCUGCCCCCAGCCUGCCAACAAGCUUUGGCCAGAGUUUUGGGUUGCCACUUUGCCUGCUGGUCCAAUAGAACAUUCUGCUUGGUGAUCUAUAAAUGGUAAACGAAUGAACUGCUUGGUUUUUCACUGCAGAGCAAUUAUGGAUUAAUCAAUGAUGCCUUAUUUUUAAGAGAGUUUGAAGAGCUUGAUAGGAAUUGCAUUAAAAUAAGUGCAGCGAAGUUCUUUGCACUUCAUUUUGCAGAUUAAAUUACGGUCGCGUGAGCAUAUAGCAGAGCUUUGCACAAACUGAUUAUUCAGCUGAGAAGGCAGAUGACAUAAAGGGAACAGGCCAUGUAGCAAGGGUGGGUAACAGGGUUGCCAGCUCCAAGUUGGGAAAUUACUGGAGAUUUUGGGGGGUGGAGCCUGGAUAGGGCAGAGUUUGACGAGAGGAGGGACAUCAGCAAGUUAUAAUACCAAAGCCCACUGUCCGAAGCAGCCAUUUUCUCCACAGGAACUGAUCUGGCCUGGAGAUCAGUUGUAAUUCCCAGAGAUCUCCUACCACCACUUGAAGGCUGGCAAACCUAGGUGGGUUUAUGACACUAAAAAAAUGCAUUUAAAAUUGAAAUAGUUGUACUUCCUUUUGAAAGGACUUGCUGGAAAAUAUGCAAUAAAAAUGUUACUCUCUCUUCCUCCGUCCCCCACUGCCCCUGGCUGUCUAUUCCUUCCAACUCGGGUGUUUGUAGUCUAUAAAAUGAAUCCAUCUUGCUAUAACCCUAAGCCAUAUCAAAUAUUUGCUAAGCCUUUAGACUUUUGUUGAUUGCCUCUUGAGUUAUAGACCUGAAUGAAUGGAGAAACCCACAUUUAAAGCACUUUAAAAUGACUAUAGUAACUGUACACUUUAAAAUAGCUGCACAUUAUAAACCAUGUUUAAUAUCGGGCAUUUAGUAUUUUGUUUCAAAUACAAUAAAAUUACCAUACGUUAUUAAAAUUAAAUAUAACAAAUGUUUCUGGAUAUUAGACGACAUACUGUUAUUUGAUGGAAUAAGUAUAAAUGGGCAGGGGAUGUUGGAUUUGGUUUCUCAAAAUGUCUACUUUUCCCACUAUGUAAGAAUAGUGCUGCCCUGACCUAGGCUGAUUCCGCUCACGUUGGAUAAUGCACUUUCAAUGCACUUUAUCAAUCGUUUGAGGUGGAUUUUUUGUUCCGCACACAAAAAAUCUGUUCCAAAUGAUCUGUAAAGAGGAUUGGAAGUGCAUUAUCCAACCUGUGCGGAAUCACUCCUAGAUAGCCCAGGUGAGCCUGAUCUCAUCAGAUCUCAAAAGCUAAGCAGGGUCGGCCUUGAUUAGUAAUUAAAUGGGAGACCUCCAAUGAAGAUGAAGGUUGCAGAGGCAGGCGAUGGUAAACCACCUCUGUUAGUCUCUUGCCAUGAAAAACCCACCAGGGGUUGCCAUAAAUCAGCUAUGACUUGAGGGCACUCUAUACCAAGUACAGUGCUAGUUUAAAAAAAUAAUGCACAAAGAGUAUUUCUCAUGCAUUACAGAACAUGGUACUUCAUAAAUCAAAGCGUAUUCAGGCCUCUUCAAGAAGGCAUUUUCAUAGAGUUUAGAACUGUGGUAUAACUAUAAUAACAACAUUCAAUUUAUAUACUGCCAUUCAGGACAACUUAACAGCCACUCAGAGCAGUUUACAAAAUAUGUUGUUAUUAUCCCGCAACAAUCACCCUGUGAGGUGGGUGGGUCUGAGAGAGCUCUGGAAGAGCUGUGACUGACCCAGGGUCUCCCAGCAGGCUUUAAAUGGAGGAGUGGGGAAUCAAACCUGGUUCUCCAGAUUAGAGUCCCGCCACUUAACCACUACAUCAAACUGGCUCUCCGUAUAACAGAACAGCUCAGAAGAUGGCUUUUAUAAGGGUAAGGAGCAUAUUAUUGCAACGUUUAUUGUAUUUCUUGCCUUCCUUUUACUGCAUUUACCUUUGUACUCCUCCUGCAUUACGGCAUUGUCAUGCCUUGGACAGUGUUUUGUUUGCAUCGUUUUCCAAUUCUGUAAUCCUAGUCCUGCUGCACUGUCUAUUGGAGUCCUCGUUGUUUGAUCGAAUGGCUUUUUUCCAUAUUUUGUAAUCCACCUUGAGUGAGAAAGGAAGGCUCUAAAUGAAGCAAACAAAAUAAAAAAUAAAUUAUUUGAA